AUGAAAUAAGCUAAUAAUUCCAACUAGUUGUAAUAAUUAGACCCAAUAGAAGUGAUUGAUAAUCUAGAAACUUUAAAAAAAGUGAUUAAAUAAAAAGAUGUUUAAAUUAAAAAUAUGGAAACAGAAUUUUAAGAGAGAUUAAAUGCAUUUUAAUUAGCUGUUGCAAGAGACUAAGACGGAUUAAAAUAAGACAUAAUCUAAUUUUUAUUAAAAGAUAAUGAAUAAUAAAAAAAGAUUGAAUAGCUUCAUAUAAAUUAUGAAUUGUAUGCUUUAAUAUCAAUUAUUUUAGAUUGCAAAACUAAUUAGAAGAGACAUUCUUAGAAAGUAACAACAAAAUAAAGACCUUGCUUGACAUAAAUGACAAAAAGGAUCAUGAAAUAGAGCAACUUAAAUAGUAAAUAAGGGACACAGAAGAAAGGGUUAAUCAACUUAGAAAAAAUUCAAUUUCAAAAGACAGGAGUAUGUAUGAAACAGAAGCAGUAAUUAAUAAAAAGGUUCUUGACCUGUAAAAAAGAGAGGCUGAUUUGACAUUUAAAUUAAAGCAAGCUUUGGAAAAAGUAAAUAUGAAUUCAAAUAUUAAAUAGAAUGAGCAAUUGUCAAACUACUUUGAAAAUUAUUAAAGCGAAAAGGAAGUUAAAUUAAUUAAAUAAGUUGAGCAUCUAAAGAAGUAAAACUCUUCCUAAAUAAACAACAUAUCAUCAAAUUAUGAGGAUUAAGUUAAGACUUCAAAAGAAGUUAUUGAACAAUUAUAAGAUCACAUUCUUAAUUAAAAAGAUAGAUUUUCCUAAAUUUAAGAUGAAAAUUAAAAAUUAAAAUGUGAAACAGAAAUAGCAAAUGUGAAAAUCAAUUGUAUACUUUUUAUUAAUUAUUUUAGAACUAUUAACAAUAAUUGAUAGACUUCAAGAUACAGAGUCAUUACAUGAUCAAACAAGAAAAGAAUUAUAAUAAGUAGAAGACAGUAAGAAAAUAUUAGAGAGAAAUUAUAAAUUGUAAAACAAAAAUAGUUAUUAUUAGGGAAAUCUAAGCCUUAUAAAUCUAAUUGGAGGAAGCUACAAAAUAUAUCGAUUUAACUACUAAUCUUUAAUAGAGACUUAAUCAAAAAGAUUAAAAAAUAUCUCAUUUAUUAUAGGAAAAUUAAUAAUUACAAGAAUUAGUUUAAGAUUUGAGGCUACAAGUUUCAUCCGUUGAAUAACAUUUUCAAUAACAUGCUGACGAAUAGAGAAAAGCAAAUAUAUUAUUAUCAAAUAAAGAAUUCGAACUUUAAACUAUUAUUGAAAGCCAAGCUUAAAAUUUUGCUGAACAAGAAUAAAAGUUAAAAUAAAGUUUUGAAGAACUGUGGCUAGAUUACUAAAAUCUAUAAUAUAAUUAUGAAUUGUUAAAGUAAAAGAGCGGAGAAGAUUCAUUUAGAUUAAAAUUAUAUAAAACUAAUGAUAAAAAGGCCAGUAGAGCCAUUCACGGAAGUCAAACCAGAAUGACUGUUGGUGAUAGAGAUCAUUAAAACAAUUAAGAGACUAUAAAAAUAAAUGAUGAUGCCUUUUUGAAGACUCUGGAAAGCUUUUAAAAAUAGGAUUAAGCAAAACAAACUAAUAAAAGAUUAGAUCGCAAUGUUUAUGUUCGAAGAGGUUGA